UUUAUACAUGACAAUACCUAUGCUUUAUUUGCUCAGGCAUCACCUGGACGUAUGAUUUUGUCAUCAUGAUAAAACAUCUCAUCAGCACUACCAUGAGAGUGGCUCAGGACAGUAUUGUGAAAUGCAGUGCUAGGGAGAGGUGGCCCUCCUUGCUGUGUCAGAGCGGAAUGACAGGGUCCAGACCAUCUCACACUGGAGCAAUGCGUGGUGUGAGGGCUGCAGGGGAUUCAGCAAUUCUGCGCUGAGCUGCUGACAAACUCACAAAUCAAAGUAUUCUGCUCUCUGCACUUUCUCAUCCUUGUGAUUGCUCUCACCCUAGUUCUGGAGUCUCAGGCAAAUGAGAGAUCAUGUGUGAAACCAGCGUGCGGUUAAAAAAAUAUAUGUGAAUUUCGAACCCAGUAUGGCUCAGAAGAGGAGCUCGAGUGGACAGUCAUUCCCUUUGCUGCUGCUGACUAUUGUUGUGGCUUUUGUUCAUUUGACUGUCUGUCCUUUUACAAAAGUGGAGGAAAGCUUCAAUCUACAAGCUAUCCAUGAUGUGGUGUACCACCAACUAGACUUGGAUAAGUAUGACCAUCAUGAAUUUCCUGGAGUUGUCCCAAGAACGUUCCUUGGACCAAUUUUUAUUGCUGCUCUUUCCAGUCCAGCUAUAUAUGUACUCUCUGUGCUAAGAAUGUCCAAGUUUUACUCCCAGCUGAUAGUCCGAGGAAGCUUGGGGCUCAGUGUGAUCUAUACUUUAUGGAAGUUGCAGAAAGAGGUUAGAAAGCAGUUUGGAGCAACUACAUCAACAGUCUUCUGUCUCAUCACUGUUACACAGUUUCAUUUGAUGUUUUACUGUACACGAACCCUCCCUAAUGUGUUUGCGCUUCCUUUUGUGCUCCUGGCAUUGACAUUUUGGAUACAGCAAAAGCAAAGGCCAUUCAUUUGGUUCUCAGCUUUGUCAAUUAUAGUCUUCAGAUCAGAGCUCUGUAUAUUCUUGGGCCUCAUGCUCCUGGUGACAUUAUUAACUAAAAGAAUCUCGAUUUUCAAGGUGCUUUCCCAUGCUGUUCCUGCUGGAUUGUUUUGGUUGGGGCUAACAGUUGCUGUGGAUUCCUUAUUUUGGAGGCAACUUGUGUGGCCUGAGGGGAAAGUGCUCUGGUAUAACACAGUUCUGAACAAAAGUUCUAACUGGGGAACUUCCCCCUUCUUGUGGUAUUUUUAUUCAGCCCUGCCUCGUGCUUUGGGAUGCAGCAUUAUAUUUGUACCUUUAGGUGUAGUGGAAAAGAGAACUCGGAUAUUACUUUUGCCAGCACUGGGCUUCAUAUUUGUGUAUUCGUUUCUCCCACACAAAGAGCUGCGUUUUAUCAUAUACACUUUCCCUGUCUUCAACAUAGUGGCUGCUAAAAUGUGCUCACGAAUCCUGAAUAACUACCGGAAAUCCUGGCUGUACAAACUCGGAUCUUUCUUUGUUGUACUACAUCUUCUAGUUAAUGCUGCUUAUUCAGGAACAUCUUUAUAUGUUUCACAUUUCAAUUAUCCUGGUGGAGUGGCAAUUCAGAAGUUGCACGAGUUGGUACCUUCAACAGCAGAUGUCUCUGUUCACAUUGAUGUGGCUGCAGCACAGACAGGAGUUUCUCGGUUUCUAGAAAUCAAUUCAGAUUGGAGGUAUGACAAAAGAGAAGAUGUUAAACCAGGAGACCAGCUGAUGUUUUCUUACACGCACAUACUAAUGGAAACAAACCCUCUUCAAAUAUCACAUUACAAGACAACUCAUAGGCCACUUGCAAAUAUACCUGGCAUCAGUAAAAUUGGGUUGAACCUUACUGCACUACCUCCUUUUACUUUAAACUUGAAACCAAAAUUAGUACUGUUGGAAAAACUUCCUCUAUCAUCUUGACUCUGAAUUUUAAGUAAGCUUUUUGAUGUAACCUUGCUGAUGGCUGAAUAAUCUAAGACAGCAGCAAGGUGUAGUUCCAGCACUGCAGGCGAGUUCUGUGGAAGGGCACAGAAAACCCCUACACCCGUUGGUAUUUCACGCCGUCCAGUUUCUUAUGUGAAUACUACAGUGCAUUCCUCAUCAGUAUUUACUCCAAUACUGACUUGUAUUGUUAGAUAUUUUUGAGAGGCUACCUACAAGUGUAGUGGUAUUAAGUCAGACCUGUCCUACGUGGUUCAAGUAGCUGUCUGUUUCAUAACGUAGUACAGGUAUGUCCUAAUUGUACUAUACAAGAUACAUAAUGGAACAGGUUUGUGCUACGGCAAUAAUUUGAUUAUGUAAUCUAUGUGUGCAAAGAUGUAUUACUUGAUGUAUCUGCAGGAUUGUAACCCCUUCAGUUGUCAGAGUGCCUGUGUGAACCUUAAUGAUGCUAUCAACAUAGGAAAGCCAUAUUCAUUGUAGCUUCACCACAAUACCUAAUUGUGCCCUGUAGGCUACUAAGCUAAUGGAAAUGAAAGAUUCACUUAAAGUAGUUGGACCUCUGGACGAGCACUGUCUCAUUACAGAUUUGAGUAUUAAAGGAUGGUUAUAGCUAUUACAGUGGCUCAUGAAUAAGCAGAAACCUGGAUUUCACAGGAAAAUGAAUUUUUAAAAUAACACUUCCCUCUUCUGCUGUAAUGAUAUUAUCUUCAUUUGCAAGAAUUUACCUACGAAAAUAUUUACUUGAAUUAACUUUUAAGAAGAUAGGUAGGUGCUGUUUUCCUUUUUUUUUUUUUAUUAAGUAGUCCCUUUGGAAGGGAAUAAGCCAAUAUGCCAUAUGUUGCAUUCUAUAAACUAGAAUAAGAUAGCAUGCUCUGUAUAGUCUCUUGUAUUAUAUGUUAAGGAUGUCUGCUUAAGAUUGCCAAAGGGAACAAGUUAAAGAGUAAACUAAGGAAAAUAUGUUGUAAUUUUAGUUAGGGCCAGUUGAAGUAUGAGAGGAGCUCCAUUAGUGUAAAGAAAAAAGUAAUUAUUGGCAGAAAACUAUUCCUUGCUGACUGAAAACUAGAGUAAAAAAGUCUGAAGAAAGUGUAUUGUUUUUGCUU